AUGGCCAAAGCCAAGAGCGGUCCACUGGCCCGGAGGCCCGAUAACUCGGCCUUCAAGCAGCAGCGUCUGCCCGCCUGGUCGCCCAUGCUGACGGCGAAUACCGUGCUGCCCUUCUUCUACUUCAUGGCGCUCAUAUGUCUGCUGCUGGGAAUUUGGCUUCUACUUACAGUACAGAGCGUGCAAGAAAUCCGGGUGGACUAUACCGACAAUGGACGGUGUGCUUUUUGUCACGACAUGCGGAAGAAUGCCAGCAAUGCAGCUGUGAUCUGCACUUGUGAAUUACACUUUCAAGUCAGCAGAACUUUGAAGGGAGACGUCUUCUUCUACUACGGCCUCCAAAACUUCCACCAGAACCUGCGCAGAUACAUGGACUCUAGGGACGAUGCGCAGAUGGUCGGCAGGAAGAAGAACUUGAAGAAACCCAGUUCAUACUGCAAGCCAUUCUCCACCAAUGACAAAGGGCUCCCUAUCGCCCCCUGUGGCGCUGUGGCCAAUAGCAUCUUUAAUGAUACCUUCAAAUUCCAUUAUCUCGGCUCCGGUAAUUCCAAGUACGAGGUCCCUCUAUUACGCAAAGGCAUCAGCUGGUACACAGACAAAAACGUCAAGUACCGCAACCCGCGAGUGGAAAAUUUGAGCUUGACUGAAGUCUUCGAAGGCACGGCACCGCCUCCUUAUUGGCAAAAGCCCGCGUACGAGCUGGACAAGAUGGACCCUAACAACAACGGCUUUAUCAAUGAAGACCUGAUCGUGUGGAUGCGGGAGGCCGCCUUCCCCAAUUUCAAGAAACUGUACGGUAUUUUGCAGCGGGCUGACAAACCCUUCCAAAAUGGCCUUCCGAAAGGAAACUACAGUGUGACUAUUACCUACAACUUCCCCGUGCAGUACUUCCAAGGCAGGAAGCAGGUGGUCCUGACCACGCUGAACUGGUUCGGCGGUCCCAACCAGUUCCUGCCCAUUGCUUACUUGAUCACGAGCUGCCUCAUACUGGUGACGGCCGUCGGCCUCACCGUGGUUUGGUGGAAGUUUGGGAAGGACGGGAAGAACAUGGAUGAGUUAUGA